AUGAGCAAUCUUUUUGUGGGUUCGAUGGGUCCGCCGAUUAAACCUUGUGCCGGAUUGCGAAGAAAGCAAGCUGGGCGGGGCUCAUACAGAGGGAGUUAG